AGUAAAGAAAAUAAAAAAAACAAACAAAUUGGUCCUGACCUUUCCCACCCACACUCAUAGAAGCAAUGUACGGGAGCCAAUUCGACGGCGGGGCCGCCUUCUCCGGCGGCGGCUUCAUGCCCUCUCAGACAACCCAGGCCGCGGAUCCCUCCUUCUCUUCCUCCAAGAAUCGUGAAAUCCAGUCGUUGCUUCCACUGACUGUGAAGCAGAUUAAAGAAGCUUUUUUGUUGAGUGAUGAUAAAUCUAAUUUUACUAUUGACGGUGUCGAUGUGAACAAUGUUACGCUUGUGGGAAUGGUAUGCAACAGAACUGGAAGAAUUACUGAUGUUACUUUCAUACUUGAUGAUGGGACUGGAAGGAUUGAGUGUAACAAAUGGGUUCAAGAAUUGGUAGACUCGAAUGAAGUGGAGGGAAUCUUGGAUGGAAUGUAUGUUCGCAUCCAUGGACACUUGAAAGGCUUUAUGGGAAAGCGGACCUUAAAUGUUUUCUCUAUAAGGCCCAUUACUGACUUUAACGAGAUUGCAAGCCACUUCAUUGAUUGUAUUUAUGUCCAUCUCUAUAAUACCAGGUUACGGAAACUACAAGGUGGUGUUACCACACAGCAGCAGAUGGCAAAUUCAACUAGUACACCUAUGAAGGGCUCCCCAGCUGCCCCACCACAUCAAUUCUCUGGUCAAUAUAAUGUAGGACAGAAGAACAUUGAACAAAUGGUCUUAGAUUUUUUGCAGCUGCCUUCAUCCAAUGCAGAUGAAAAGGGGGUACACUGUGAUGUUAUUGCCCGUCAGUUAAGAGUUUCAAUGGAUAAGCUCAUGUCAUCUAUUCAAAAUCUUGUAGAGGAAGGCUUGAUUUACUCCACAACCGAUGAUUUUCACUUUAAGUCAACUAUCAACGGUUGACAUCUCGUGUAUAAGCUUUUGAAAUGAGGACAGUCUUUGUCUCAGUUAGGUCUUCUUGUGAUCUCUCUGCUUUUAUUUUUACAUUCAUCUGCAUUUUGGAGAUGUGAGAUAAGAGGAUUUAAAUGUCAAGUGACAGUUUAGCAC